AAGCUAAUAAUAAUUCAUGUGUCAUCUUCUCGCUGGGUUAUUGUGUUUCCAUUCAGUGCAGUCACAGUCUCCCGCUGUGAUCAAACGAGCUGUACACAUAAUUCCGCUGCCUUUUCCAAUUCUACUACGGCGCAGGCUUUGCUUAUGAAUAUUAAUCGUUUAACAAUGCUGACGUUGCUUGGUAACCUUCACGGCGUCUUAUUACGCAACUAAUUAAUAUUCAUAAGCCACGCCUCUGACGCCUUCCGAUUCGGUAGCUAACCCAGCGCCCACCUGCCGUCAGCCAAUCAGACGAUUCUUUUUGUCCAACGUCACGCUGCGUAAAUAAUAUUCACGCAUUACGCCUUCGCUAUAGUAGGAUUGGUGGAUUCUCACUCCGGUUGUGAAGGAGUUAACGGUGAGGGCGGAACUCUGCACCGGCCGCAGUAGAUGAUCGCAAUAUUGAUAGCGAGAGGUACGGAGACGCUACAACGCUCAGAGGAACGUUUUGGAAAUACUAUUUGGAUUUCAUUUGCAUCGCUACGGAAACGUGACGCGCAGGUUUUCACCUCGGCAGUGAUGCGUUUGCGUCUUUUUGAAUGACACAGAGGGAACGCGACGCGUCGCGCAGAUUCCGAAGCGGAUACAAAUGCACUUGUGAAUGUAACAUUGUAUCAUCGCGUAUAUUCACAUCGUUCAGAUGUGCAGACGCGGGUCGCAGUGUGCAGGUGGAUGACGACGACGAUGAUGAUGAUAAGGAGGAAGAUGAUUCCAUUUCACCUUUAAUAUUUGAAUGAAUAUUUAUUGAUUUACAGAGGUUUGAUACAGCUGGGAGGAACGCAAAGGCGCAAUGUUCAUAGUUCACGCAUCAGCCCUGCCUGGGUUCCAACCCGCACCCGCCGGGUCACCCGCCUCCGGUGUGUGAGCAUCCGCGCCCGACAGUCAUGUUGCCCGGUGUGGGUGUGUUCGGCACCAGUCUGACGGCCCGGGUCAUCAUCCCUCUGCUGAAGAACGAGGGCUUCUCGGUGAAAGCGCUGUGGGGUCGCACGCAGGAGGAGGCGGAGGAGCUGGCGCGCGACAUGAACGUGCCCUUCUACACUAACCGGAUCGAUGACGUGCUGCUGCAUCCGGAUGUGGAUCUGGUGUGCAUCAACCUGCCGCCGCCGCUCACGAGACAGAUCGCCGUUAAGACACUGGGCAUUGGAAAAAAUGUAAUAUGCGACCGUACGGCGACACCGCUGGAUGCCUUCCGCAUGAUGUCGGCGGCCCAGUACUACCCGAAGCUGCUCAGCAUCAUGGGCAACGUGCUGCGCUUCCUCCCCGCCUUCGUCCGCAUGAAGGAGCUGCUGGAGGAGGGUUACGCGGGCGAACUCCUUGUCUGCGAAGCGCAGGUUCACGGCGGGAGCCUCCUCGGGAAAAAGUACAACUGGAGCUGCGACGACCUGAUGGGCGGUGGCGGGCUGCAUUCGGUCGGCAGCUACAUCAUCGACCUACUCACGUUUUUGACAGGCCGGCGCGCGGUGAAGGUGCAUGGCUUCCUCAAAACGUUCGUGAAGCAGACGGACCACAUCCGCGGGAUCCGUCAAAUCACCAGCGACGACUUUUGCACCUUUCAGAUGGUGCUGGAAGGAGGCGCCUGCUGUACGGUUACGCUCAAUUUCAACGUCCCAGGCGAGUUUCGCCAGGAGAUUGUGGUCGUUGGGACAUCUGGCAGGUUGACAGUCAGCGGGACGGAUUUGUACGGACAGAAAAACGAUGGCGAAAGCGGUCAGGAGCUCCUCCUCAAAGACAACACGCCUGUCGGAAACGCGUCCCUACCGGACAAGGCUUUUCGGGACAUCCCGUCUCCAUAUCUUACCGGAACAAUCUGCAUGGUUCAAGCUGUACGGCAGGCGUUUCAGGAUCAAGAUGACCGUCGAACAUGGGACGGCAGGCCGCUGACAAUGGCAGCGACUUUUGAGGACUGUCUGUACGCGCUGUGCGUCGUGGACACGAUUAAGAAGUCCAAUCAAUGUGGCGAGUGGCAGAACAUCGUGGUGAUGACGGAGGAACCAGAAGUCAGUCCCGCAUACCUGAUCAGCGAGGCAAUGCGGCGCAGCCGGAUGUCGUUGUACUGUUAAUGCGGUGCUUGAGCGAAUGUGCAUGGUUGCAUAUUGAGUUCAAUGCAUUUGGAGCGCUGGAGAAGUACACGCAACUGUGCCUCAUGCAUGGAGUCCAGCUUGUGUUUUAAUGCAUUAAAACACUGGCUGCUGGGAUCUUUUUGUGUCAAGUAUGCAAUAAAUCUGCUUUCGGAUGAAAAACAGCCACGCUUUGCUGCAAUGCCUUUGUACUUGUGACAUGUUUGUAGUUAGUGCAAAAAAUGGACAUGCAAUCCUGCUUUUCAGUUUGACUUCGGUUUGCAGGAUUUUUUUCAAGGUUGUCUAUUUGUGCAACCCAGACAAGGUUGUCUACCGACGCAGGAUCUGUCAGCACGUGUUUGCAUGAUAUUAAUGCAAACACGGACUCCUGCGUCAAACCAUGCCUGCAAAUGCAUGAAAUCUCCACUCACACUGUAAACAAGAGGAUUUUGCUGUGUAUUAUGAGGUCAAUAUGGACAAACACAAAGAGUAUCAGAUGUUUCUGCUUCGUUUGUACCGUUAUAUUUAAAAUCCAGAUGUUUGUGUGCAUUUUAACUGGUAUUUUUUAUUGUUAUGGCUGUAAGUGUGGCUUUACGGUCCUUCGUUUUCCACCUGAAAGAUUUUGAAAUGUAAAUCUGCCAAAAUGGCAAACAUCACAUUAACUGUCAGAGGUUCUCAACUGGUUUUGCUUCAGAAUCCGGAUUUUACGUUAGAAAUUAUGUUAUGACCCAAAAUCUCAUUUAAAUUAACAUUGAAAUGAUAUAUGCUACGGGUCAAAAGUUUGGAAUAAUUUUUUUGUUUGUUUGUUUAGAAAGAAAGCUUUUUUUUAAAAUAAGAACUAUUAUUAAUAAUUAAGCAAUAAUAAUAAUUUUAGAAUAAUUUCUGACACUAAAGACUGAAGUAAUGAUGCUGAAAAUUCAGGUUUGAUCACUGUAAUAAAUUACAUUUUAAAAUAUAUUCAAAUAGAAAUUGGGUAUUUGAAACUGUAAUAAUUUUUCACAAUUUUACAGUAUUUUUAAUCAAAUAAAUGCAGCGUUGGUGAGCAUAAGAAACUAAGGAUUUCAUAAAAACUUAAUAUUUCAAACUUUUGACUAGUAGUGUUGAUAAUAUUAAUAUAUAUAAUAGUUUAAUAUUAGCAUGAACUUUUUAGACCCAAAUAUAUGCAAACUUAAUAACAUGAUAGACUGAAUAGAAAAACAAUUUUGUAAAUGCAUAAAUAGCAGAAUUAUUUAUCUGUAUUAAUAGGAGUUAUUUAUCCGUACGUGUAUCCAAUGUCACCUGGUUGUAUUUUCUUUUACCUGGUGUAGUUUUGGUGUCACACAUCCUUUUUUCUGUCUAAUUCCAGCAGGCACUGGACGUCAGUAUAACGUCAGAUUGACGCUAGACCCCAACGUUGUUUUGGUUGAAAAUGAAAAUUGGGUUGACAUCAGAACCCAACGUCAGAUUGACAUCAAUCAGAGACAUCAGCCAGACAUUGCAUUUUGGUUGAAAAUGAAAUUUCGGGUUGACAUUAGAACGCGAUGUCAGAUUGACCUCAUACUCCGAAGUUGGACAAACUUUGCAUUUUGGUUGAAAAUAAAAAUUUUAUUGAUGUCAGAACCCAACGUCAGAUUGACCUCAACUUCCAAAAUUGGACAGACUCUGCAUUUUGGUUAAAAAAAAAAAAAUGAAUUGACGUCAGUCUGAGACAUCGUCCAGACGUUGCAUUUUGGUUGAAAAUAAAAAAUUGUCAGAAUCCAACGGAAGAUUGAUGUCAACCUGAGAUGUCAGUCAGACGUUGCAUUUUGGUUGAAUAUGAAAAUCAGGUUGAUAUCAGAACCCAAUGUAAGACUGGCGUCAAGCUGAGACAUUGACCAGAUGUUGCAUUUUGGUUAAAAAUAAAAAUCUAACUGACGUUAACACCCAGCGUCAGAUUGACGUCAGUCUGAGAUGUCGGACAGACAUUGUAUUUUGGUUGAUAAUGAAAAUUGGGUUGACAACAGAACCCAAUGUCAGAUUAAUAUCAAUCUGAGAUGUCGGACAGACAUUGCAUUUUGGUUGAAAAUAAAAAUCAGGUUGACGUCAGAGCCCAAAAGUCAGAUUGGCAUCAAUCUGAGACAUCGACCAGAGGUUAAAAAAACGGACUAACACCAGAACUCACCGUCAGACUAAUGUCAGUUUGAGACAUCAGACAAACAUUGCAUUUUGGUUGAAAAUGAAAAUUGGGUUGACAACAGAACCCAAUGUCUGAUUGGCAUCAAUCUGAGACAUCGCCCAGAUGUUACAUUUUGGUUGAAAAUAAAAAAUGGAUUGUUGUCAGUACCCAGUGUCGGACUGAUGUCAAUAUAAGACGUUGGCCAGAUGAUGCAUUUUGGCUGCUAAUGAAAAUCAUAUUGAUAUUGGAUUUUAGGCUUUGCAGCACAGCCUAAAAACAACUAAAUAUCAACAUCAACUGAUGUCAGUAUUGGUCGUCCAAUUAACAUUGUCUUUAAAUGUUGACUUGACAUUGAAAUUUGGUCACCUGACAUUGCAACCAAAAUGCAACCAAAUAUCAACGUUUUAUGACGUUGUGUGCCUGCUGGGAUUAGACUCUCUUCUACCAACUGACAGAUGUUGAAAUAGUGUAGAGUUUGACUGGACGAAUGACAACGAUGCAUUUUCUACUUCCCUUUAAGCCUGUUUUGUAGUCGCAUUUUAUUCAUUUCCCCUCGAAAUUCCAAUAGCAAAACAGUAAGUUGAGAACCGCUGCUUUUAGACUGUUGCAGAGCGUUGCACUUCUUUGAGGGCUAGUAAAUAUGUUUUAAGCCUGAAAAAUAUAAACCAAAAUGUUUCAGACAUGCUAAAGGUGCUUUCAGUCUGCAGAUGUAUUAGUGAAUUUCAAUAAUGCAUCUUAGUUUAGAGGAUAUAAUCCAUAUUUAGAUGCAGUUGUCACUACUGAAACUUUUCAGUGUGUAUGUGGCUGGAGAUGCCCGUUAUCGAGUAGGAAAUGAUGAUUAACAUACAGAAAAUCAGAUGUUUGAGUCCAUAUGUUUUGCUAAGCUCAGUUCUACAGUGUUUUAUUUGUCGACUAGGAUCUGUUCGCUAUAUGCAUGCACUGAAGACAGGUGUGUCGGCUGUCGUCCAUCACUGUGCAACUUCUCACUGCGUCACGACGGCGUUAUAUCAGCCUGGUGACGAAAGACUGGAGAGUGGAAUCAUGUGGCUGUGUUUUAUGUGUAUUUUAUGCUGCUUGGAGAAACACCUGCUGUACAUUACUGGAAACAUGCUCUGUGUAGUUUAUAAAUGGUAUUUAUUUCUUA